UCAUUUAAGAAAAAAAAGAAGAAGAAGAUUGUCUGAGCUGGCGCUGAACGCGACGUAAAUCACAAAAUCGCGACUAAUUUAAACUCAAUUGACCUGUUUUAUGAAUUUGACGCGCCUGCUUCGCAUUGCAGUUUCUUAUUUGGAAGUAAGUGCCAGCGUAGGAAAAUCAGCAACACCAUAAAAGAAUUUUUUUAAUUUAAUUAAAGCAGAAAAACAGAAAGCUAACAAUCAGUGUUAAAUAGAGGUUUACUCAUUCAAUACACACACACCUUUAUUAAACGGAUACUACAAUCAAAGACGCACAUAUAAAUAAAUAUUCACAUCAAAAACAAUACACUGUACACUUGUACAUAUAUAUAUAUGAGUAAAAAAAAGUGAAUCUUUAUCACGCCAAUUCUUUUAAUAAAAUUCCAAGUGACAAAUAGCGAAAAUGGCAAAGUAAAUAAUAUAAUUACGAGAAGGCGAAAGGAAGGAAAAUCCGUGAAAUUAACAUAUUUGAAAUUACUGUUAGAGGCAACUCUUACUCUUCCCCCUUGAAUUCACCACUGCCACACUGGAAACACCGCGCUAUGGCAGUCAUCAGUGAGGGCUUGUAGUCGCGUGGAAAAGCUAAAGCAACAACAAACAAAUACAAAAAUAAGCAAAAAAUUAUGAAUAACGCAGAAGAGGCAAGAAAAGUGAUAACGUCUAAAACAACAGCAACAACAACAACAACAGCACGUAAAAAUUCUACUACAAGCGUCAACGCAAAAAUGCCAACAAUAAUAAAAACCGCAAUGUCAACGGCUACAUCAGCUGCAACAACAACAACAACAAAACCAAUAGCAACGCUCAUAACAGACGCUAUAAUGACAACAAAAAUGUAUAGUUUGUUAUGUAAUAAACGCAAUACGAGCAGCAUACGAGUCAACAAGUCAAGGCAGCUGAACGAAAAUAAAUACAACAACAGUAACAUUGAGAAAUAUACAAAUAACGCCAGCGAAGCGGUUGCAUUGCGCCAUCCCUCGCUGCUAAUCGCCUUCACUUUCGCACUGCUCUUCUUGAUUAACAUAUCCUGUGCGACGAGUGCGCGCCCGCAUGUGCACAAACAAACACAUCUGGAGGCGAAGGUUGGCUCGCAUGUGGUAUUCAGCUGCCCCAUUGACUUUCCGUACGACGUACCCAUCGAGUAUUUGGUCAUAUGGAGCAAGGAGAACAAAAAAAUCUUCACUUGGUAUGAGGGGGAGUCAAUCACAAGCGAAUUGUACAAUGGACGCUUAAGUCUUGUCACCAAUCAUCCAGAAUAUGGCAAAGCAUCUGUUAACCUCACCGCCAUACGUGAGUCGGAUCAGGGUUGGUAUCACUGCCAAAUAAUCUUCCCCAAUCGUUCGCCAAGUGCACGCAAUAACGGGACGCUUUUCCAUCUAGCUGUCCAAGGUGGUUCGCUAAUAAAAAUACCGCCAGUGAAUCAAACGAUUAUGGAGGGUCAAACAGCUUUCUUCCAUUGUGUAAUGAAAUAUCCUGAAACGUCGACAAUUGGUUGGUUCAAAGAUGGCACGCCACUAGAGGAGGUGCAGGAUUUAAUACGACGCCGUCAUACGGGCCCCGAUGGCAGUCUCAGCAUUGAUCCGACUAUGAUGAGCGAUUUAGGUGAAUACGAGUGUCGUGUCAACAACACAGAGGGAGAAUUUCAAUUUGCCAAAGCAUUUCUCAACAUACAAUAUAAGGCCAAAGUGAUUUAUGCACCGCCAGAGGUUUACCUGCCAUUCGGACAGCCAGCGGUGCUUGAUUGUCAUUUUCGCGCCAAUCCGCCGCUGAAAAAUUUGCGUUGGGAAAAAGAUGGGCUACUUUUUGAUUCGUAUAAUGUGCCGGGCGUUUUCUACAAAAGCAAUGGCAGUCUAUACUUUUCCAAAGUCGAUGAGAGUACUGCAGGCAGUUACACAUGCACACCCUACAAUGACCUCGGCACGGACGGGCCAUCGCCCAUCAUUAGUGUAAUUGUAUUGCGACCGCCAAUAUUCAGCAUUACACCGAAACCAAUUUACAUACAAAAAUUGGGCGAAACAGCCGAAUUGCCAUGCGAAGCCAUUGACCGAGACGGAAAUAAUCGGCCAACAAUUGUCUGGAGUCGAAAGGAUGGCAGUUUAUUGCCCGACGAACGUCACACCAUCAACGCUGGCAAUUUAAUCAUAACGAAUUUGGUCGAAACGGAUCGGGGAAUGUACGAGUGCUCGGCCACUAAUGAAGCCGCGAGCAUCACCGCCGAAACGGAAUUGAUGAUCGAGAAUAUUGCACCGCGCCCACCAUACAAUUUGACGGCGAAUAGCACGGAAACAGCGAUAACGGUACGCUGGCAACCAGGCUACCUCCGUCCCAAUCUAGAGUACACCGUGUGGUAUCGCCUCACCGAAUCACCCGAGUGGCGCACACUCCGUAUUAUGCAGAAAAAUAUUAUGGAAGCAACGAUACAAAAUUUGCAACCCGGUCGCGAGUACGAGUUCAUGGUACUCAGUCAGGAUAAAUAUGGCGACGGCAUGUUCAGCAAAACGAUACGAUUUUCAACGCAAGAAUCGAGCAUAGAAUCGAACGAGGUGAAUCUGAUGCAUCACUCCAAUCCGCUUGCGGGCAGCAUAAGUGCACCCUGGAAUGUAACUGCCACUAAUAAUGUACAGGGUUGGCUGGUGCAUUGGCAACCGCCAAAGCGUGGCUCUGAAUCUGUACGCUUGUACACCGUACGCUGGUGGAAGGAACCGGAGCAUUUUCUCAUUGGCACCAUCGAAACCUUCGAUCACUUCUAUCAGUUACGUCAUCUCAAAGAAGACGCCAUAUUUCAGAUACAAGUCAUAGCUACAUCCAUUAAUGGCGAGCAGGUCGCCAGUGAUGUACUCACCAUUGAGGUACCCUCACAUCGUAAAACACGCGCUUUACUCAUCGGCAGCACUGUGGGUAUUGCCUUUCUACUCUGUGCGCUGGUCGCUUUUCUCUAUGUGAAACGCAGUUGUUUGCGACAUCUCUUCGUGAGCGGCGAUGAGGAUGGUGGUGCUAAGGAGAGCGAUAAAAUGAAUAAUACCUGAGUAUACGAGAUCACCUGGCAGUUCCAUAUGCAAGCCGUCAGUGAGAGCCAUUGAAGAGAAGUUUGUAUAUAAUAAAGCAGAAGAA